UUGGAAACGCCAUGGCAACCACAAGAAUGAGUGAAAACACGAGUUGGCGGGGGGCCGGAUUGUAAAAGAUGUGUAUUCCCUGAGCGUGGGAGGGACGGAGGGAUGUCUCCGUGCACACACCGUGCACACUAAUCCACCAUCACAUGCACGAUGCGGUCACAUGACCAUGAUAGAUAUAUUUAGGAGUAUAGCGAUGUUGAAGUGGGUGUGAGUGGGAGAGGAAGGCAGGGGGAUUCCUCUGAAUGGAUUUUGUCAAGGACGUGCGUGUGGUGCAGCAGGAGGCGAGGUGGGGGAUGGACACAUUGCACACAACCACCAAAAUAGGACAGAGGGCCUGCCUGUGACGUCCUGCUUGUGCUAAAUUGAGGCGGCGGUGUGCUUUAUUUUCAUGGAGAGGAGCAGGCACAGAAGGAAGACGGUCAUCGAGGAGCAUUCAUGGACAAGAAGAUGUCCCAUCAGCAGGACGGUUACACCUACGAGUUCUGCGAUGCAGACCAUCCAGCAGAGCUCCUGCACGCCCUGAGACACUUCUACCUCAACGGCCUGUUUACUGACGUCACGCUGCAGUGUGGCGACUCCAGCCAGGUGUUCCACUGCCACAAGGCGCUGCUGUCCGCAAGGAGCUCCUAUUUCAAAAUCAUGUUCACGGCUGACAUGAGGGAGCGGUCCAACAGUGUCAUCAAGCUGAGCGGGGUCGACUGCGGGGUUCUGGCGGCUCUGGUCAACUACGUUUACACGGCUCAGGUGAGCAUCACGGAGACGAACGUGCAGAGCCUGCUGGAGGCUGCGGACCUGCUGCAGUUCAUCCCGGUCAAACAAGCGUGCCAAGCCUUCCUCGUUCGUCUCCUGGAUGUGGACAACUGCUUGGGCAUGCAUGCUUUUGCUCAGCUCCACCUGUGUCCCCAACUGGAGCGUGAGGCCAGGAGGAUGAUGCUGAGCAGGUUCUCAGAGCUGAUCCAGCAGGAAGAGUUCCUGGAGCUGGACCUGAAUAGGAUUCGAACCCUUGUGGCUACGCAGAAGCUGAGUGCACUGAAGGAUGAAGAGUUGAUAGAUGCGGUGGCCAAAUGGGUGAUCCAUGAUUUGGAGAACCGUCUUCAUUACACUAUGGACCUGCUCCAGUCCAUCCAUCUGGACCUGGAUGAGACUGACUUCAAGGCGAGUUUGGAGGUGCAAAGGCAGUGCUUGGUGGGGAGUGGUGACAGACUUAAAUCUAUGAUCAUGAAGGCUUCACGACCAAAGGAAAUAGGCACUAGUGGAAAAACGCCAUCAAGCAUUUACAUCAUCGGAGGGUACUACUGGCACCCUCUGUGUGAAGUUCACAUAUGGGAACCCUCAAGCGACACAUGGCUGCGAGGGAAAGACAUGCCGGAUCAUGCUAGAGAGAGCUACAGUGUGGCUUUACUGGGGGCGGAUAUCUACGUGACUGGCGGCUACAGGACCAACACGGUGGAAGCUCUCGACACUGUCUUUAUUUAUAACUGUGACGAUGACGAGUGGACAGAGGGCUGCCCCAUGAUCACAGCCAGAUACUACCAUUGCUCCGUGGCGCUACAUGGCUGCCUUUACGCCAUAGGAGGCUACAGGGGCGGCGCUCCAGAGCAGGAGACAGAAUGUUAUGAUCCACUCAAGAAGACAUGGCUCCCUUGCGCAAGAAUGAUCCAAGGUGUAGGAAAUGCCACUGCUUGUGUGGUGGGAGAUAAGAUCUAUGUGACUGGAGGCCACUAUGGCUUUAGAGGAAGCUGCACCUAUGAGAAGAUCCAAGUCUACAGGCCCGAUAGCAAUGAGUGGAGCAUCAUCACCAUCAGCCCUCAUCCAGAAUAUGGACUGUGUUCUGUGUCUCUGGAUAAGAAACUUUAUUUGGUGGGCGGGCAGACGACGAUUGCAGACUGCUACGACACAGAGAGGGAGGAAUGGAGCUCCAUAUCGGUGAUGAAGGAGAGGAGGAUGGAGUGUGGCGCCGCGGUGAUGAACGCUUGUAUCUACGUGACGGGAGGGUACUCCUACUCCAAAGGGACGUAUCUACAGAGCAUUGAGAGAUACCACCCACAGCUGGACACCUGGGAGAUGGUGGGGACUCUUCCAGGACCUUCCAGAUCACACGGAUGUGUUUGUUUUUACAGAGUUUAGUGUCCUGAUGAAUGGUUGCCAUUUUGUGCCAAAUACAUUCCCAUCGGGAACUAUGCAAGUAUCCAUCGAUCCAUCAAUCUUCUACCGCUUCGCGGGGGUAGCAGCCUAAGCAGGGAAAAACAGACUAUCCUCUCCCCGGCUAAUUCAUCCAGGUCCUCCCGGCUGAUCCGGAGGUGUUCCCAGGCCAGCUGAGAGACAUAGUCUCUCCAAUGUGUCCUGGGUCUUCCCCGAGGCUUCCUACCAGUCGGAUGUGCCUUGAACACCUUCCCAGGGAGGCGUCCGGGAGGCAUCCUGACCGGAGCCACCUCAUCUGGCUCCUCUCAGUGUGGAUGAGCAGCUGUUAUUCUCAGAGUUUCUCCCGGAUGACAGUGCUUCUCACCUUAUCUCUAAGGGAGAGUCCAGCCACCCUACGGUGGCAAUUAUGCACUCAUCUUGGCUUUUAACCAACUACUGCUUCAAGAACUGAGCAUCCUCGAUAGAAGUGUGCACAAGAAGGAUCUGGAGGAUCUUUGAAUCACGUUUUAGCAGUAGGUCUGAAAAAAAGUCAUAGCACUCCUGUUAAAUAGCGAGGAUCUUUGACUUGUGCUUUUGCAGUACUGUAGAUCCUUAAAAAAGCAGAGCAGUCCUGUUACGUAGAGGAUCUUUGACUAGCAUUUUUGCAACACAGCGGUCCUGUCACAUGGAUCAUCUUUGACCAGCGUUUCUGCAGUACAUCCUUAAAACAGUGGAGCACUCCUGCCACCUCUUUGACUUGCAUAUUUGCAGUAGAGCCUAAAAAAAGCAGCGCUCCUGUCAUAUAAAGGAUCUUUGACUCCCAUUUUGCAGUAAAGCCUAAAAAUAGCACAGCGCUCCUGUCACAUAGAGGACUCAGCGGUCCUGUCACAUGGGUCAUCUUUGACCAGAGCUUUUGCAGCAGAUCCUUAAACAGUGGAGCACUCCUGUCACAUAGAGGAUCUUUGUCGAGUGUUUUUGGAGUCUGAAAAAAGCAGAGUGCUUCUGUCACAUAGAGAGGAUCUUUGACUAGCGCUUUUGCAGUACUGUAGAUCCUUAAAACAGCAGAGUGCUCAUGUCACCUAAAGAAUCUUUGACUAGCGUUUUUGCAGUACAGUGGUGCUGUCACAUAGACAAUCUUUCACCAGCGUUUUUGUAGUAGAUCCUUAAAAGGGUAAAGCUCUCUCAUGAAAAGGAUUUUUGACUCCCGUUUUUGCAGUUGAGACGAAAAACAGCAGAGCGCUCAUGUCACCUAAACAAUCUUUGACUAGCGUUGUUGCAGCACAGCAGUCCUGUCACAUACACAAUCUCUGACCAGCGUAUUUGCAGUAGAUCCUUAAAAGGGUAAAGCACUCCUGUCAUAUAGAGGCUCUUGACUUGCAUAUUUGCAGAAGAUCCUAAAAAACAGAACAACGCUCCUGUCAUAUGAAGGAUCUUUGACGAACAUUUUGCUUGCAUCUCUUAUCCAUCCAUCCAUCCAUUUUCUAUGCCGCUUCUCCUCAUUAGGGUCGCGGGGGUAUGCUGGAGCCUAUCUCAGCUGACUUCGGGCGAGAGGCGGGGUACACCCUGGACUGGUCGCAGGGCACAUAUAGACAAACAACCAUUCACACUCACAUUCGUACCUAUGGACAAUUUAGAGUCUCCAAUUAACCUAACAUGCAUGUUUUUAGAAUGUGGGAGGAAACCGGAGUACCCGGAGAAAACCCACGCAGCAACGGGCAGAACAUGCAAACUCCACACAGAAAUGCCCAAGGAAGAAUUGAACCCAGGUCUUUCCGGUCUCCUGACUCUGACUGUGUGGCCAACAUGCUAACCACUAGACCACCGUGCGGCCCUGUACCUCUUAUUACAUGAUCAAUUUGGUGAGUUAAAAAUGUGAAGGUAUGGCAGGGCUUUGCAAUGACAUGAUAUACAAAAUAAGGAAAAUACUGAAGGGAAAGUCUACCUGCCCGUCCUCAAUUUUCUGAAAUGAUGGUCACCAGAACAACUGAUUGAACAUCCCUGCUCUCAGGAAUUACUGUAUUGUAUGUAUUUGUAUUAGAUAUACUUCUAGUAAAUAAGCUAUUAAAUUGGUCUAUUGAUCCACUAUGGUUUGGGUGCAAAAAACACAGAGGAUGCAUUUUGUUCACACCAAAGCAAAGUUUUUUUUUACUUGAAUAAUUAAACGACUACUGUACUGAAUUAUGACUUCCUCUGUCUUUCACUUGAAUGGCUCCCUAAAAGGUUUUAAAAGGGAAUGUUGGAAGAUUUCAUUGUUAUUAAUUUAGUGAAACAAUGAAUGAUUUCUCUCAUUUAGGCAUAUGGGAUAUAUACGAACACAAUCCAGCUUAUGCAACAUAUCCUCUU